AAAGUCCAUGCAGUCUUGUACCAUCAGCUUACUCUUUGGCUCCUGCAAUGGCCUCCUUCUAGAUCCCCACCAGGAGUUCUUCAUUUCCACAUGUGCUUCCUCCCCAUCCUCCUCAGCCAACACCACCAUGAGCCACUACCCUCCAGCCUAAGUCAGCAGACAGAGACUCUGAGUCUGGAAGGAGAGCACUGACAAGAUGUCCUCAACCCCAGAGUGUCACCUUCGACUUGAGAUGCUGCCAGCACAUAUCCCUCUCUCUGUAGCUGAGAAAGUGCUUUUUCAUUGGCGAAUUCAUCCUUGUCUUUGAACAUGGCGCAUUGAGAGAAAAUGGAGAGUCCCAGGCCCAGCUUAGCAUCAUCUCGCAGUGGGCAAGUGUUGAAAAAAACGGGAAGGAGAGUUCAGAGGGCUGCUGGGCAGACCUGGCCCGCUGAGCAAACCUUUUCCGUGGAUAAAUUUAGCAGAGCCAUUGAGACCAUCAGGAAUUGUGUCUCUGAGGAGUUGUGGAAAACUUGUGAUGGAAGCUGACCUGCUUGGAGAGCUGUCAGACCUUAAAGCUGUAUUCCUGCUUGGCAGAGGAGAGCUAUUCCAGGCACUUGUGCCCAUCAUCACUCCCUUCUUACUGACGCCUGCAGACCCCAUGUGCUGAUCUCACUGAGCUCUUCCGGUCAGCUGGCCGCCAGGUGCUCAUGGAAGACAGUGUGUUAGAGAAGUUCACUCUUUCUCUGAAGAUGCCACCAACAACUGUUGCAGCCACUUCUACCCACACUUCAGAGGAGCAGUGGGGUGCACUGCGGCUAACAUACAGUGCUCGCUGGCCUCUUCAUAAACUACUGACAUCAACAGCUCAAGACAAGUACAAUGCCAUUUUCACCUUUCUCUUGGAUGUGAGGAGAGCACAGCACCGACUACAGCAGCUGUGGCUGGUCCAGUCCAGGGGUGGCAGGUUGGGUGAGGGUUCCUGCCUGCGAUGGACUCUCAGGCAUCACAUGGCUCUCCUCAUUGACAACAUCCAAUACUACCUGCAGGCUGAUGUCCUGGAAUCUCAACAUUGGCAACUGGUGAAAGCAGUGAAUGAGACACAGGACUACCAACAGUUAGUAGCAGCACACCAUGUCUUCUUAGCAUCAGUAGCAGCCCAGUGUUUCCUCCAUAGUCCAGUGGUGGCUCGUGCUAUUCACUGCCUCCUUGGGCUUGUUCAUAGGUUCUGUGCCCAUCUAGAGUCUUUUGUUGGAAAUGGAAGCACUGACAGAGAGAUGGUGGAGAGCUUACAUGAGGAAUUUGAAAGAGCAGCUGCACAACUAUUCUUUAUGCUUUCCAACUUAAGACUUCAUCGUGCAGAACAACAGCAACAUACCUCACAGCUCAUCAUGCGCAUUGACUACAACAGAUACUACAGCCGCCAUUCUGGUUCCCUUCAGCGAUUAACAGCAGCCUGCAGGGAAGGACAGUGAGACCUGAGAACUGCAAGGAAAGAAGACUUGUAAAGUACACAGAAGAUGAGUAAUUAACAAAAAUAACAAGAAAUGAGUGCAAGAUUCAACUAUCAGGUGCUGCCAUGACCACAAAUCUGUAGGCUGUCACCAUAUGGAGCCUUGACUUCCAUGUCAAUCAGGUCAAAUAUUCUACCUUCAAUUGUGACCAGACAGGUCACUGGAGGUUGACAUGGGCCUCCAAGGUGCACCACAAGAGACGAAUGUGCUCAAACCAACCACCAGCAUCCCAUCAAGAGUCCAAAGGCACAACAUCCAUGAACUAAUUAAAUAAAUUUGUGCAAAUUUA